GAGUUGCUCUCCGACCAGCGCUGGGGCCCCUGCACGACAGUCCUGCUGCCAGACUCCACAGGUCCCCUCCCCCAGGCUGAUCAUUAACCUGGAGGCUGUAUAAGGGACCAACAGCCGGGCAGGAGGGACACGUUGCAGCUGCCACUAUGGACGGUAGCACCUGGAGCCCCCCAGCCACGACCACCGCCGAGCCCCUCAAGGCCCAUGAGCGCAUCCGCAAUGCGGCUGACAUCUCUGUCAUCGUCAUCUACUUCGUGGUGGUGAUGGCUGUCGGACUGUGGGCCAUGUUUUCCACUAACCGUGGGACCGUUGGAGGCUUCUUCCUGGCAGGACGAAAUAUGGUGUGGUGGCCGAUUGGAGCCUCUCUGUUUGCCAGCAACAUUGGAAGCGGCCACUUUGUGGGACUGGCAGGGACCGGAGCAGCUGCAGGAAUUGCCACUGGGGGCUUUGAAUGGAAUGCCCUGGUUUUGGUGGUUGUGCUGGGCUGGGUGUUUGUCCCCAUUUACAUUAAGGCAGGGGUGGUGACGAUGCCAGAGUACCUGCGGAAGCGAUUUGGAGGCCAGCGGAUCCAGGUCUACCUGUCUGUCCUGUCCCUGGUGCUGUACAUUUUCACCAAGAUCUCGGCAGACAUCUUUUCUGGGGCCAUAUUCAUCAACUUGGCCUUGGGCCUGGAUCUCUACUUAGCCAUCUUUAUCUUAUUGGCAAUCACCGCCCUUUACACAAUCACAGGGGGCCUGGCGGCUGUGAUUUACACAGACACCCUGCAGACGGUGAUCAUGCUGCUGGGGUCUUUCAUCCUGACUGGGUUUGCUUUCCACAAAGUGGGAGGGUAUGGUGCCUUUGUGACAAAAUACAUGAAUGCUAUUCCAACUGUGACCUCUUAUGGAAACACCACCAUCAAGGAAGAGUGCUACACCCCGAGGCCUGACUCCUUCCACAUCUUCCGAGAUCCUCUCAAGGGAGACCUGCCCUGGCCUGGGCUCAUCUUUGGGCUGACCAUCAUCUCCUUGUGGUACUGGUGCACAGACCAGGUCAUUGUGCAGCGCUGCCUCUCCGCCAAAAAUAUGUCGCACGUGAAGGCUGGCUGCAUCAUGUGUGGGUACAUGAAGCUGCUGCCCAUGUUCCUCAUGGUGAUGCCAGGGAUGAUCAGCCGCAUCCUGUUCACAGAGAAAGUUGCCUGCACGGUCCCCUCAGAGUGUGAGAAAUAUUGCGGCACCAAGGUUGGCUGUACCAACAUCGCCUACCCGACCUUGGUGGUGGAGCUCAUGCCCAAUGGAUUGCGAGGCCUGAUGCUGUCGGUCAUGCUGGCCUCUCUCAUGAGCUCCCUGACCUCCAUCUUCAACAGCGCCAGCACCCUCUUCACCAUGGACAUCUACACCAAGAUCCGGAAGAAAGCAUCUGAGAAAGAGCUCAUGAUCGCAGGAAGGUUGUUCAUGCUGGUGCUGAUCGGCAUCAGCAUCGCCUGGGUGCCCGUCGUGCAGUCGGCACAAGGCGGACAGCUCUUCGACUACAUCCAGUCCAUCACCAGUUACUUGGGACCACCCAUCGCAGCAGUCUUCCUGCUUGCUAUUUUCUGCAAGAGAGUCAAUGAGCCGGGAGCCUUUUGGGGAUUGAUCAUAGGAUUUUUGAUCGGGGUGUCCCGUAUGAUCACCGAGUUUGCCUAUGGAACCGGGAGCUGCAUGGAGCCCAGCAACUGUCCCACGAUUAUCUGUGGUGUCCACUACUUGUAUUUUGCCAUCAUCCUCUUUGUCAUCACUAUCAUCGUCAUCCUGGCCAUCUCCCUCUUCACCAAGCCCAUUGCAGAUGUGCAUCUCUACCGCUUGUGCUGGAGCCUGCGUAACAGCAAAGAGGAGCGUAUUGACCUGGAUGCAGAAGACGAGGACAUUCAAGAUGCCCGGGAGGAUGCCUUAGAAAUAGACACAGAAACUUCUGAGGAGAAAAAAGGAUGCUUCAAGCGGGCCUAUGACCUGUUCUGUGGCCUGGACCAGCAGAAAGGCCCCAAAAUGACGAAGGAAGAAGAGGCAGCCAUGAAGCUGAAGAUGACAGACACCUCGGAGAACCGUUUGUGGAGGAUGGUAGUGAACAUCAAUGGCAUCAUUCUGUUGGCCGUGGCUGUCUUCUGCCACGCCUACUUUGCCUGAGUCCUGCUUUCUGCUGCAGGCUGUGCUUGUGGAGGCUGGAGUCUUCACUCUGUCUCUCUUUGGUCCCAUUCAGUGGUGUUAAAGGGACACCAGCCAGUUGUAAACUCUGCCCUGUCGAUAAGUGUGUACAUUUGUAAUUACAGGCUAGCUGGAGAAAAAUCACUGAUUUGCUGUUAACUUAUAUAUUUGAGGCCAGUGUGGUACAGUCAUCUGUACAUAUCAGAGCUGCAGAAGGAAAUUCCCCUCAGUCCAGUGUCUAGGAAAAGGCAGACUAAGAUACAGAAGCCCCGUGAUGUCUGAUGCAAGUUUUUCUCAGGUAGAUUCAGCAUGUUAACAUUGUUUGUGAUCCUUAAAUAUUGCUUAAAGAGUUGUGGUCCCCUGACUACUACCACUUUCUCUAUCUAACCUCCCCCCUCAUUUUUUUUUUUUGAAAGAAAGCAUCACCCUACCUCAUGAAAUCCUUGUCAAGUUUUCCUGGCACAAGAAAAAUCAAUCUGAUAAAUUGAUGAACACAUUGAACCUGAGGAUGGAAGCUCGAUGGGGUCUGUGUCCUGGGUGUUUGCUCUUUGAAGGAGAGGCCUGGACAUGGCAGUACUGGUGCCAAUAAAAGGGAUCCAGGCACCAGCCUUGGGCCAGAGGGGAAAGCAGAUAAUCUUGAGUCAAGGGGGUUUUCUGGCUUUCUUGAAAAAUGUUCAUUGUCAGUUCCUUGUGUUUGAGAUUUCAUUUAUUUGGCAUUUCCUGUGCCUGGACUAUCUUAGCCACUCAGUAAUGUUUGUGGACUGAAUGGAUGACAUGUGUAUUUGUUAAUAAAUGCUUGUUUUCUUUUUGGGCUUUCCUGGUGGCUUAGAUGACAAAGAGUCUGCCUGCAGUGCAGGAGACCUGGGUUUGAUCCCUGGGUCGGGAAGAUCCCCUGGAGAAGGAAAUGGCAACCCACUCCAGUAUUCUUGCCUGGAGAAUCCCAUGGACAGAGGAGCCUGGAGGGCUACAGUCCAUGGGGUUACAAAGAGUUGCACGUGACUGAGUGACUUCACUUUUCUUUUUGGUUAACCUUAUGGCUGCACAGAGUACACUCUCUGGUGACUAUAAUGAAUCGGGGUGCAUUUUCCAGAGGCUCCGCUUCCUCGUGGUGCUGAUGUAACUGAUUCUGUGGGGGCUUAGUAAUUGACUCUGUGUCACAUAAAGAGCAAACAUGCCUCUGGCGGCACUUGUCAUCUCAGAGCAGCCGCACUCUCCUAAAACACUGAUACUUUUAGCCCAAGAUCCUCCUCCCUAUGAGUUCAGGUGGCCACAGCUCUUUUCCCUUAUGUGUCUUGAUUGGUGAUCAACCAUUGAACAAGGUUAGAGUGGGUGGUCUCUGUUCCAGGUAGUAUUUUGUCCAACAUUUUUAUUUUCUGUUGUACCUCCUUCCUAAGGAGAAAUUUUAAAAAUUAAAUUUAAAUUUGAUUAAUCCUUUUAGUUCCACCUGUGAAAUCUAAUCAUUUUGUAAUAUAAUUCUGUGGAAGUCAUGUGGUUUGUAUUGACUGAUUUGAGACUAGCUUAGCAAAUAGGUGGGAUCUGAGGUAGUAGUUCCUGGGGUUUAAAAAUGGCUCAACAGGUAAAGAAUGGCUUGUUCUUAUGAAAGGAAAUGAAAAUAUUUGAUGUGCCCUCAUAUUUCCCUUAAGCCAUGCAGAGAAGAGGGAAGAGUGGAAAAUUUCACAUAGCUAGUAUUACUCAGAGUACUCAGCUUUGUGGGGAGUUUGUGAUAUUUUUGAGCUCAGAGAAGAUAAAGAAUGAUGACUGAAAGCUGGUGGACUGAGCAGGCAUUCAGUAUCUAGAUGUCCUAGAUUCUGUUUCUGACCUUGCCAAUGAUUCACUGUGUAUAUUGUGGUAAAUUAUUUUUUUCUCAACUGUGUAUUUUUCUUUUUGAAAAAAUGAGGACCUUGGUGCUUAUAGCAUAUACCUACCUCCUCUAGGUGUGACAAGGUCACUUUGAAAAGUGGAUGAGUGAAAAGAGGAUGGCAUCUUUCUUACAUACAUGAAGAAUGCCAACAGAUGUUAUAUUAAGCUGCAUUUAGUCCUUUUCAUUAAAAUUUAUUACUUUGGUAAAAAAAAUAAAAACACUGAAAAGCCA